CCUUAAAAAAGGAAAAAAAAAAGUUGAAAAAUUACUUAAAACCAGAAAACUGUGGGAGGGGAAAGAAAAGGAGGUUAGAGAGUAGCAAAAAGACAGAAAGAUUAUCUACUGUAAAGAAGACAAAGUGCACCUGUUUUUUGAGGAAAAUUCAAGAACCCCAUUUCAUUUUAAUGGAAAAAGAGAUGAUCUUUGAAUACAUAUUGGAAUUUUGUUAGGAAAAAAUCAUUGAAUUCUUCAAUAAAAAUCUCAUCUUUUUUAGAGUUACUGUGGAUAUUCAAGAAGAAGAAGAUUGUUUCUUUAGUCAAAUCUGAUUUGGAGUAUCUAAACCAUAGAUCUUGAGAUAUGGAUAAAUUACAGUGGGGAAACAGAAAAAGACUUAGGUGUUUUAAGGUGAAAGAUUCAACUUCAAAUGGGAAAUCUGAUGGAGGAAGAGGUCUUGUGGUGAAGAAGAAAAUCACAUCUAGAGUUGUUGAUAAUAACAAGGAAUCUGGUCAUCUUCCUCUUCCUAUGACUUCACCUCAUAGGCUUAACAGGGAUUUGGGUGUGAAUAGAUCUAACGCAAAUGAGCACCGUAAGACAUCAGUGUCAUCUCCCGAGAAGGAGGAUCGAUAUUAUACGACGAGAGGGUCGGUAGGCGUGGACGAUAGUAGCAAGUUGUUGAUGGAACCAAGGGAGGAAAAGAAAAAGAUGGUUUGGCCAAAAUUGCUCAUCACAUUGUCAAGUAAAGAAAAAGAAGAGGAUUUUAUGGCCAUGAAAGGUUGCAAACUUCCUCAAAGGCCUAAGAAAAGGGCUAAGUUGACACAAAGAACCAUUCUUUUGGUGCAACCAGGUACAUGGUUGCAAGAUUUGUGCCAAGAAAGGUAUGAAGUGAGAGAGAAGAAGACCUCUAAGAAGAAACCGCGAGGAUUGAAAGCUAUGGGAAGCAUGGAAAGUGAUUCAGAAUGAAAUGUGGUGAUGAUAAGUGUGAGUUAAGGAAACAAAGAUAGUGUCAGUGUAAAGCCAAGAUUGAUUUUUGGGAAUUAUUUUGGGAUAGUUGAAGAUGAAGUGAGCAGAAGAUGGAAAGAAACAUUUGGAUCUUUUGUACUUUAUUUUUUGGGGGGUAGAGAAGGAAAGAAAAAUUGUGUAUUUUGGCAUAUUAUUUUUCUUAAUAUUAGCUCACCUUUGGAAAAUGAAUGCUU